AUGAGGAAAUUCAACUUUUCCCGACCGGCACGUAAGAAGCCGCAGGAGCCUCAGCCGCCACCACCACCAAUGAUGCCGAUGAGUAAAGCUCAUAAAAUCCUGGGCUCGACACCACUCAGUAUCGAUGCUUCUUCAAUUCACAGCACCCCACAACCAACCAUAAGCGUUGCUAGUGUUUACGACAACCCGACCCUGGACGAACUGGAUUUUGAUUUACCUGGCGGCCAGACAAGGAUGGCAAGGGCUGAUGCUGAGUUGAGAAAAGAGCGUGGACCAUCACCUUCAAAUCUGAGGCUCAGUGCUCUUGCCGAUAGUGUUAGUUUUGGCGCAAUGGCAUUGCCCGGUACCCUCAAAAAAGCACAGUCGUCUUCAACUAUUAAAUCUUGGCACGACAAAUCGAAACAUUCGCGGUCUCUCUCACGGCAAGCUUCGAUCCCGAUUAUGAAUAAUGGUUUCUCCGCAAAGACACACCACUUCCAAGAUACUGACAAUGCCAAUGAAUCUACAAAGCUACGAAAAAAGCCACCGAAACUCGAAUUUUCAAGCGUGGGACCGACCCCUCGAUUGUCUAAGAAAGAAUCGGAUACCUUUAAUCCCAAUCUAGCAAACAGCUCAGCCAAAACCCCUACGCUCUCGUCUCCAUUUUCCACUCCACCUCAUCGGCAGAGCGAUUUACGCGGCAUGUUCAAACGGCGAACCAAAGACAGCUUUCGAUCUUUCGCUACCGAACGAUCUCCACCAGGCACAGGGGAAGCCCGUCGGAUGACGACCCAGCUUUCAGAUAACGGGCUCUCCACGUUGUAUGACCACUAUGAACAGAUGACCUUCCGGCAUGGCCUAGACGAUGACGACGAUCUCACAAACAACACUGCCCACAAGACGGACCCAGCUGAUGGUCGAACGGAAGGGGAGUGGCGAGAAGUGCAACCACGGCAAAACCUAGAUUGGCUUCACAAGCCUAUAAGCGAAUCACACGAGCCAAAGGCAGUGGCCCAGUCAGAUUACUCUUCAUCACCGGGUGAUGGAGCUAGAAGUGUUUCAAGUAGACAUACUCGAACUUCAAGAGCCUCCAGGAUUACUGACGGCGGGAUGGUGGAAGCUGAUUUUCAAGAAAAGAGCGUGCUACUUCUGUCUUCUGACUCCGAAGAGGAUGAUGAUGGCAGAUCUUCCACUAGGUUGGACCAUAUCCCUCUGCCUCAUCCAACCAGACCAUUACCAGAAAUACCGAACAAGUCACGACCACGUCAGCCUUCAGGGCGUGAGCCAGGUGUGGCAACGAAUAAGAAGACGAGCUUCGCGCCGGCCAACACGUACAUUGCUAUCCCUGGUACUGAACGCAAACAAAGGCAAUCCCCUUCUCCUUCCCGACUGAGUCUCCCCUACAGAGAUGGCGCCCGUGCUCCCUCGCCCAAGCCUUCAGUUGGAUCUACGAACUCAACCGGAUCAGGCUUGACAAGUCAAAACGGCUACGGGGCAGAAGACUCCCCCCCUGUCACUAUUCUGCCUGCACGCCGGCCGUCUCAGGCGGAAAUGGAUCGGCAAAAGGCAUUGGCACUGCUAACCAGUGGCACCGGGUCUUCUCUGCGACGCGAGUCUCUUGCUACAUCAUCAGACCAGCCCGACGAGCCAACUCCACCGCUCAGUCCCUCCUCAGUCAACUUCUAUCUACGAUCCGCUCGGUCAUCCAUUGAUGAUUCUGGUAGCCAGGGUCGCGUCAUGACGCUUACUCGCCAAGAGGAGAUGCUCAUAUCUGCGCUCCGCAAGAAAACUCAGGCCAUGCGUGAAAAAUCGCAGUUGGGGCCUAGCAAUCGACCUCCGUUAGAGGGUCGACAAGGCAGAAGACACGUCUCAACCCCAUCGCAAGUAAUGGUGACGGACUCCAUGCUCGAUUUUGAUUUUCCCGCGCCUCCGUCGCAUAGCUCGAAGCAUCGCCAGUCCGGGGCUAGUUCGUUGAUGAGUGCAUCCAUUCCAGAACACCCCUACAGCGAAGACGAGCAGUACCGAGCACCCUCUCGCUUGACCACAGACACCUCGUCUGAAAGAGCAUCUUUUGUGUCUUCCACUCGCGGUCCGGAGGAAUACACGGAGCAGCAUGAUAUCCGUGUAUAUCUUGACCAAGGCAAGCAACAUAAUGCCCAGUGGAACCAACUUGGUGGCGACGGCCAAGCUCUUGAAGACUCAACCAGCUCAUCAGGGUUCCAUGCCAUGUCUUGGGAUCAUCCGGAGGAUAAGCGUACUUCUAGGCUCAAGAAUAAGGCAGCACGACAGCAACCUCAAGCUGAGAGCGUCACAUCCAGCCCUAAGCUUACCCGGCUCUCCGAGGAUGGCAAUGAAGACGUACCUCGACCAGACAGCCCGAUAUCCAACGAGACAUUCUCUCAACCGCGGCCGCCGCGCCGUGCUGCGAUGAAUACAGCACGUCUGAGUGCUGUAGGAUUCGUGCGAAGAGAUACCGAUCCGGGAUGGUGGGGAGACGACGACUGA